AUGAAUUUCUUAACAGCAAACAUAAGGGGGGCAGGUGAUCCUAGCAAGGGGGAGCAUGUUAGGAAUCUCAAAAGAAACAACAAAUUAGGCUUUAUUGCUAUUCAAGAAACACAAAUGUCGGACUCCUCCAACAUACAGGUUAGUAAUUUUUGGGAUAAUACUCAAUUUGAUUUUGACUCUAUCGAAGCAACAGGGAGAUCUGGUCGUCUAUUGAGUAUAUGGGAUCCCAGAAUUUUUACUAAAAAGCCCUCAGUUAAAAAUCGAUAUUUCUUAGCCAUUCUCAGGGAAGUGGGCAAUGGAGUGGGUAAUAUUGCAGUGGUUAAUGUUUACGCACCGCAAGAUCAGAAUCUAAAAAAACAGCUUUGGGAGGAUUUACUGGCAUUAAUGAGAUCUUUUUCGGGUUCAUGGAUCUUUCUGGGUGACUUCAACUGCGUUAGGGAACCUACAGAAAGGAAAAACUCCAGAUUUAAUAAAAAUGAGGCAGAUGAUUUUAAUGCCUUUAUCAACGCAGAGGGUCUGGCGGAAUAUUCUAUGAUGGGUUGUACUUUCACGUAUGUGACGGACGAUGGACGAAAACUCAGCAAGAUAGACAGAGUAUUAGUCUGCCAUUCGUUCUUAGCUCUGUGGCCUACGAUAAAAUUAUGGGGAUCGACCAGGCACAAAUCAGAUCACCGACCACUAUUAUUGCUUUGUUCCGAUGUGAAUUUUGGUAAGCCACCCUUUCGUUUUUUCAAUUCUUGGUUAAAAGAUGAGGGAUUACAUGAUAUUGUGAAAAAGGCAUACGAUGGGUUAGCUUGGUUUAACCCUCCAGAUAAGUUGUUAGCAAUCAAAUUAAAAGCCGUCAAAGCAGCUAUAAGACCGUGGUGCGACAAUAUCAAGAAGAGGAACUGUGGUAUGCUAAAAGAUCUACAAAAAAAGGUGGAGACUUUGGAUUUAAAAGCUGAAUCAGUUGCACUAACAGAGCAAGAGAUUGAAGAUAGGAAUUCAUGGCUGAAAAUGAUAAAUGAGCUAGACGACAACAGAAUGGAAGAUCUCAAACAGAGGGCAAAGGUAAAAUGGGCAGUCGACGGGGAUGAAAACACGGCCUUUUUCCACGGGGUAAUCAAUGGUCAUCGAGAAAAUAAUAGAAUAAACGGGCUGAAUUUUGAGGACGUUUGGAUAUCACAACCGGAGGAACUUAAGGAGAAAAUUUACAAACAUUACGAAUCGAUUUUUUUGGAACAAGAGUAA